AAAAUAAAUAAAUGAAACUCUUGAUAAUAGUAUGUUUUUGCGUCAAAAAUGAGUUGAAUCAGAUCAAUACUUCCUUUAAUAUAAAACUUUGCCAACACCUGAAGUCAUUUCCCGGGCAUUGAUCCUUGCAAGUUGCGAGAGUAUAAAAUGUUCGCUUACACCCGAACUUAGAACUUCCUUACUUGUUACAUUUUGAAGCACGCUAAAGUUGAAAUGGAAGCUAAUACAAUCAGACAAACUUCAUUGAACCAAUGGCUGGAAUUAAUCGCAGAAGGUGUAGAAAUAAAUAGCGACGCCGUGAUCCAAACAACAAAAUACUUGUUGAAAGAGGCAAAAAACAAUGUGGGCUUUGGUUUUGUGCGAACCAAAAAGCAUUUUCUCGCGAAAGAAGAUUCCCAAGAACUUGAAUUUUUUCAAAAUCAUUUAUAACUAUCCUGACGAUGUGUUUUAUAGUCACUUUCUAACGAUUCGAGUAAUUUGUUUUCAAGCUUAUGCUUAAAGUUACAUUUCCAAGUUUAGAAAUUAUAUCAAAUGUUAGAGUCGUUGGGAUUUUAAAAAUUACUGGCCAGCUUAUUGCCUAACACAGUGUCUUUAAAGAAAUCUUUGGACGUUAUGUAAUGUGAACAGCUUUCGGAAAUCUGUGGCAGAUUUAACAUUGGACAAUCUACUGGAUGUCGAAUAUUUCUGAAAACUAUAAAAUAUAUCGCAUCAUUGAAACACCAACCCAAAAUUGUCAUCCGACGGAAAUACUCAAAGGAAAACCAUGAACUUUUCACUUUAAGAAAAAAGCUGCUCUCAUCCAUUCCCAUUUGUAUUAGAAUGCAUUUAUGGAAUGCAUUUCCCAACCUACAAGCGAUUCCAUUAGUUAUUAUAAUCGAAAAGGAUUUUACUCUGUUAAUGUGCAGGCAGUAGCUGAUAGUAAAAUCCGUUUCAAUAAUGCUUUUAUUAAAUAUCCGGGACUAUGUCACGAUGCUGAUGUUUGGCGAAACAGUCCUUUGAGGAAAGCAAUAGGUAACAACAAUAUUAGACUACCAUUAGACUUUAAUUUGCUUGGAGAUGGAGCCUAUGCAUUCGAAUCAUUUCUUAUGGUGCCCUACAAGGACAACGGCAACAUUAAAGCAGAAAAAAUUCAACACAAUUUUGCGUUCAACGAGGGUUAAGAUAAACCAAGCUUUCGGUAUCCUUAAAAAAGAUUUUCGCAUACUAAAUUAUAUAGAAAUUCAAAGGCUUCAUCUAGCUAAAUAUAUAAUAAUGUCUUGCAUGGUGAUAAAUAAUUAUAAAUAAUUAUGGAAUACAUAGUGAUGAUUAAGAAAUAUUACAAUAUGUCUUCAGUAAUAAUCCAGAAGCAAAUGCUUCACGUCAUUCUGUGUCAAUUGAAAUCAAUGAAGUAAAGUGUAAGCGACAGACUUUCCGACUUAUUUUCCAGCUUAAAAUAUAUAAAACUCUGUUUAUUUGUUAAACUGCAUUAAAAACAAAGUAGUAUUUAUUUAUUUGGUUUCAGGAAAUUAUCAAUGGUCUUGGAAGUUUGACAAAAGAAAUAAUCUCAAUUUUUG